AUGCCGGGGAACGAGGAAGUUCUGUCACUCGAUCUAGAGGACAAUGACUUUCUGUAUCCAAUUCGAAAAGGAUCUCGGAUUUAUGGCUUCCUCAUUCUCUCAGAUCUGAAAAACGCCCCAAGGUGGAAUGAAGCUUGGACAACUCUUACCGUUCGGAUGGGCCCAGAGGGUGUAAUUGAAACCAUCGUUGACGAAUUUGUGCCACACUCCUUCGACACCACGGUUAUUGGUGGCCAAGAUGCAACAUUCGUUAAUAUCCUAGAGCUCAUACCUUGCUCUCAGAUUAGCGAUCGUGUCUCCCGAGUGGUGCUGGAUGAUAAAUCAUGCGUUUUGAAAAUCGUCCGGUUUCAAUCUGAGGUUCCAGCCUUACAACAGGAAGUUGUAACGUACGCAAUUUUGGCAUCCCGUAGCUUUUCCCUAGCCCCUCAAGCGCUUGGAUACGUUUAUGAAGAAACGAGGGAUCGAACAGUGGGUUUCUUGAUGGAGGACGUCUUGGGAAGAACGCCCGGCGAAGAAGAUCUUGAUGAAUGCCGGAAACCAUUCGACUUCUCUAUGAAUGCGGGGUCCUUCAGGGUGACCUCAACAGUCGCGACUGUCAAGGAAGUCGUGGGCUCGAAGGCAUCAAAUAGCGACAAGCCCGGUGGAGAAGUUCCAGGAUAA